AUGCCCGACGAAUCGCGGAAGCGCAAGGCGCCCGCCGACGACCACUCGCAUGCCGGCAAGAGAAGCAAAGGCCGGAGGCAGUGGCGCUCGCUGCCCGCGAGGCAGGGCGGCGGCAGCAUCGAGCCCGGCGACGCGGGCAUCUGGGCCACGUGCAAUAUGGGAAGAGAGGCGAAAGCCGUGGGCGAACUGAAAGACAUGUUCGAAGAGUACGUCGAGAAGCUGUAUGGCGCAAGCCGCGACGACGACGCCGACGACGACGCUGCGGGGGCUGACGCCUCGACGACGCAAGAGGACGCGGACGUUGAGGCUGAGAUCGCCAAAGAGCUGGAAGACAUUCGCAAGCCGGCCAAGGAACCUCCUUUCAGACACAUCCGCGUUGACACGGAUUGCAUCAUGUUUUUCAAGACAAAGGCGCCGAUUGAGCCCGUCGAGUUCGUGCGGCGGAUUUGCGAAGGGGCAAUGGCGAGCUCAGAGCGCAAGACGGGCCGCUUUGUCAAGCGGCUGACGCCAAUGACGCUGAUGGGAAAGGCACAGCAGAAAGGCCUAGAGGAAGUUGCCGCUCAGGUUCUGGCGCCGCAUUUCCAUGCGGAAGGUUCCGCUGGCAAGAAGUUUGCAAUACGGCCUAACAUCCGCAACAACAAGGACUUGACGAGAGAUCAGGUCAUCAAGACGGUGGCUGCGGCGGUUGGGCCUGGGCACAGUGUUGACCUGAAGGACUACGACCUGCUGAUCCUUGUCGACGUCUACAAGGGCCUCUGCGGGAUGAGCGUCGUGGGCAAGGACUUUGAGCGACUCAAGAGAUACAACCUCUCGGAAAUAUACGAGCCAUCACCGAAAGAACAGCCGAACUAA